GCACUGUUUCAGUAUUUGCCAGUGAUGGUUCAGUUAUAAUAUCACAUGGUGGAAUUGAAUCAGGUCAAGGAUUGAAUACCAAGGUUGCUCAAGUAUGUGCCUAUAUGUUGGGGAUUCCAAUUGAUACUGUCCUCAUAAAACCGACCACAACUGAUAGCAGCCCAAAUUCUGCAGCAACAGGUGGCAGUAUCACCAGUGAGCUAAACUGUAUGGGUGUACAACUUUGUUGUGACAUACUGAAGCAGAGAAUGAAGCCGGUGAAGGAUAAACUUCCUCCGGGCACGUCCUGGAAGGACCUGGUCGCUGCCUGCUAUCAAGCCAAGGUGAAUUUGACUGUACAAGAUUGGGUGUGGCCUGACCCACGGCCAGAAGGAGCUCCACAAUAUAACUCGUAUGGGGUGACUGUGGCUGAGGCUGAAGUUGACGUCCUCACAGGAGAGAACCAGAUCACCCAAGUGGAUAUACUUUUCGAUUGUGGUGAAAGCAUGAACCCUGAUGUUGAUGUUGGACAAGUCGAAGGUGCUUUUAUCAUGGGCAUGGGAUAUUGGCUAAUGGAGAAGAUGGUUUACGAUCCAAAGACUGGGGCUGUGCUGAAUGCAGGAACAUGGGAAUACAAACCACCGCUCAGCAAGUGUAUACCUGUCAGCUUCAACAUCGAGCUGCUGAAGAAUGCUCCCAACCCAAUGGGUGUUCUGCGCUCUAAGGCCAGUGGGGAACCGCCCCAGUGCAUGUCCUGUGCAACGUUAUUUGCGGUGAAGCGAGCUAUUGAGGCUGCGCGAGAGGAUACUGGACACAACUCGUACUUUCCACUAGAUGGACCCGCAACUGUCGAUGUCAUCCAGACAAGCUGCCUCGUGGAUUACAAAAACUUCACAAUCUGAAAACCGCACAGUGAUAUGCUACUACCGAAUAAUGUUAAUAAUGUGACAUUGUUUUGUCUUUACCACUAAGCGCGAUGUCAUGCAAUAUCACCGUGAUUGCCUUACAGUCUUGUACUUCACUGUUUAACCCUAUAACAAUCGCUUGUUUGUAUCUGAACUAAUACCUCUCCGAUAAAUGCAAUUGGGGAAAGUUAAUGUCUCAUUCCAUGGUUUCCACAGAUUUCCAGUUGAACUGGAAUAGACUCCAGAGAAUCCCCAUUAAGCAUCAAUGCUAUUAUUAACAAAUAAGGCUAAUCUAUUUAACAAUUUGCAGUAUAACCUUCAACCCAUGAACUUGAAAAUGAGAGCACAUACUGCAUUUAAUUUUGAUUGGAUUUGUUUAAAAUGGGAUUUUAGUGAAGCAAACCGUUUAAACAAUUCUCAAUCAUUUAAUAGGAGUCGAUUAGAACUUCAACCCGAACUAUUCACUUUGAAUGGAUAAUUGAAUGAGUUUAUAUUCUUGCCAAAAGAUGGAUAUUUUAGCAUAUGAGGAAGCCAUUUAAUUUGCAGUCCCUGUGGCACCUCUUUGCCGGUUAGGAUGGCACAGUGCCACAGCAGAUAGUGUUGCUGCCUCACAGCACCAGAGACCCAGGUUCGAUCCUGACGUCGGGUGCUGUAUGUGUGGAGUUUGGAUGUUCUCCCUGUGAUUGUGUGGGUUUCCUCCGGGUGCUCCGGUUUCUACCUCCAUCCCAAAUAUGUGUGGGUUUGUAGGUUAUUGGCCUCUGGAAACUGUCUCUUAGCUUAUAAGGAGUGGGUGAGAAAGUGGAAUAACAUAGAACUAGUGUGAAUGGGAGAUCAACUUUUGACGAGGUCUCUGGAUGAAACCCACACAGGUCAUGGGGAGAACGUACAAACUCCAUACAGACAGAACCGGCAGUCAGGAUGGAAGCCGGAUCUCUGGCGCUGUAAGGCAGCAAUAUUGCUUUGCCACUGUGUUGCCAAACUAAAGUAAAAUCAAAAACUAAUUCAAAUUCAGUUUUUUAUCUCUUUGUUUCAAAUGUUUCUAUGGCUAUGAAUUCUACAGUCUAUGCAUGAGAGAUUUUUCAUAUCACUUUCAUAAAGUUCUCAACAAUUCCACCAAAGCAUCUUUAGCUUCUGUAACCAAGGCCUAAUUUGGACCACCUACGUUGCAGCAAAUCUACAAGGUUAGAUCAUUUACCGUUGAUUACUUAAUACCCAACAUCUGUCAUUUUUUCCCCUUUGCUUACUAAGGACAUAUGUCUGUUACUGACACAGCCAACUAUUCCUGCCCAUCUCUAAUUGCCUUUGAGAAUAUGCUGCUGAGCUGUGCUUUGCCGU